CGUUUACGUAAAUUUGCCGCCACGGCCUUGUUUAACGAUAAAUCGGAUAAAACCGGCGGAAUAACCGGCAACACGAUUGAGGAUUCAUCAUCAUCAUCAUCUUUACCAUCAUCAUCACCAUCACCAUCAUCGUCAUCAGUCAUCGAUCCAAAUCACCAUCAACAUCACCAUCAUCAUCAAUAUCAUCAACAUCGAUCACAACAUCUUCAAUCAUCAUCAUCAAUAUUACCGGCUACGUUUGCCACUACUACCGCCGGCGUUUCCUCGUCUAAUACUACUGCUACUAUUGCUACGAUCACUGCCGAUGUUGUUGUCCCAUCACCAUCAUCAUCAUCGAUAUUGACAACAAUUAUCUCUCACACAGCUACUGAAAUUAAUCAACAACCAGCACCGGAAGAUUAUUUUGAAUCACUUCCACCACCACCACCAUUAUUUUCAACAAUAACAUCAUCAUCAUCGACUGAAGAAAUUAUUGUUAUUCUUGACGAUAAUCAAAGUGAACAACAACAACAACAACAACCGCAAACAGAAAAACAACAAGAAUUGACAACAUUUCAAAAUAAAAUUCGAUGUUCAAAAUCAUCGGCAUUAUCAUCAUCAUCAUCAUCGUGUGAUAGUAGCCAUAAUAGUGUAUUAAUCGGUGAAAGUAAUCCAAGUUCGGUUUCAACACAACAAAUACGGCUUUCAAGCCGAUCAUCAACAUCAUUAUCAUUGGCAAGUAAUCCGGCUAGUAUUCAUAGUAAUUCAAGUGGAAGUAGUAGCGGCAGUAGUAGUGGUAAAAGUCAAAAUAGUAGUAACAGUUGUUGUACUGAAUGCGGAUGUGGAUCAUCAUCAUCAUCGGUAUAUCAUCGGGCUACUACAAGUGACCAUCAUCAACAUCAUCAUCAUCAUUAUCAUCACCAUCGUCUAAAUCAUCAUCAUCAUCAUAAUCGUCAUCGAUUACAUCGAUCAUCAUUAACAAAUAUUGGUGAACAAGAUCCAUGUUUUACAAGUAGUACAAGUAAUCUAUUAUCAUUACAACAACAACGAAAAAAUAAAUCAUCAAAUCAACCAUCAACAUCAACGAAAAAAUCAUCAACAACAUUAUUAUCGAUUGAUGAAAAUCAAUCAAAAACAUUAACACAACGACGAUCAUCAACCGCAUCGACAAAUUUUCCAACAACAUUUUUAUCAGCAAGUUUAGCUAUACGGCAAUUUUUUUCUAAAUUUGGACAAAAAUCAUCAGCUCAUCAUUGUGAUCAUCAUCAUCAUCAAGUUGCGUCAACUUUGACGCAAUUACCGCAACCACCACCACCACCAUCAAUUCAAGUUGAUAAUUUGGAAAAUACUAUUUCAACAACACCAUCACCAAAUUUAUUAUUAAUAAAUUCACCAAAAUCGCAAUCACAAUCGCAAUCAUCUUGUUAUUCACAUAAUACAACUGUUGUAACAGCAACAGCUGUUAAUCAUCCAUUACGUUCAUCAUCGGAUUUAAUUUCACAACAACAAUCGCAACAACAACAACAAUAUUCAACAACAACAAUUAGAUUUCAUCCAGAAUCAUUAAUUUAUAAUCAUCGUUCAACAAGAUUAUCAAGAUCUUAUCAUCAUUAUAAUCAUCAAUUACGUCGUUAUAGUCAACGUUUAUUUCAACAACAAAACGUAACAUUUGCUAAUAAUCAACAACAACAACAUUAUUAUCAAUCAUCAACAAAAACAUCAACAACAACAACAAAUAAUAAUAAUAAUAAUCAUCCGAAUAAUAAUCAACAAUCAACAACAUCAUCAUUAUUAUUACCGGUCCUGGAUUUACACAGGGGCGUCUCGGCCGUAGCGAGCUCAAGACACGAGCCAAAUACGAUGUCUUUCCUUUUCCGCUUAGUGCAAUUUCACGAUUUAAUUGGCGGAAUACAUGUUCCGGUCGAUGAUGGUGUAGAUAAAUUAAACCGGAAAUAUACAUUACUUGUCUUCCUAUUUUUAGCAUUACCAAUAUUUACAAAACAAUAUAUUGGUGAUCCAAUUGAAUGUUUUACACCAACAUAUUUUACUGAACCACAAGCACGUUAUGUUAAUUCUUAUUGUUGGACAGCAUCAACAUAUUAUCUUGUUGCAGCUGAAGCUGAUGAAGAUGAUUAUGAAAGUUUUACUGGUCAGGAUCCACCAGAUCCAAGAGUAUUACCCGAAGAGCUUGAUUAUGGUGGUUUUGAUGUUGCAUCAACUGGUCCAGAACGUUUGAAACGUGUUCGUGUUGGUUAUUAUCAAUGGGCACCAUUAAUAUUAUUAGUACAAGGAUGUUGUUUUUAUGUACCAUUUUUAGUUUGGAAUAGUUGUGCACAUAAUGCCGGUGUUAAACUAAGACGUUUAUUAAAAAAAGCAUCCGAUAUUGCAUCACUGCCACCUGGUUGUCAACAACGUGAAGCAUUAUUAGCUGAAUUUGUUGAUCAAUUUCAUACAUUGGUUACUGGUGAAGCUGGUUGGUGUACAGAUCCAAGUUGUCGAUUACCAUUAUCGUGCCGUUGUUGUAUUGGUGGUCCAAGCCGUUAUCUGUGCCUACUAUAUCUAUUGGUUAAGAGCCUUUAUGUGCUCAAUGUUGCCCUACAAUUUAUAUUACUUGGUUCAUUUAUGGGUAGAGGUUUUCUUCGUCAUGGUUUAGAAUUAAUGAGAAGAUUUAUUGUUGAAGGUGAUUGGUGGGCAUCACCAAGAUUUCCAUUACAGACCUUGUGCCAAGUAAGAGCCGCUAUACAAGGCGGUUUACGUACAUAUACAUGUCAAUGUGUAUUACCUAUCAAUGUAUUUAAUGAAAAAAUAUUUUCCGUUGUUUGGUUCUAUCUUGCAUUUUUAAUGCCUUUGAAUGUUGCCUCAUUAUUAUUUUGGUUAUGGCGUACAUUCCGUUGUAAUCGUCUUGCCUAUGUUCGUUUAUGUUUAUGGCGUACAAGGCUAGUGUCCAUGGCUGAAGUUGGUCGUCUUGCACGUAAAAUUUCAACCAAUUAUUUAGGUUGGGAUGGCGUUUUUGUCUUACGUAUCAUUGAACACAAUCAUGGUUCCAUUAUGGCAACAUUGAUUGUUUCAAGACUUUGGGAAUUUUAUGCCAAUCAAAUGAAAAUGCAAGAAGAUGGUGGUGGAGGUACAGGUACGGCAAAUGGAUCGGAUGCUGAAGUCGGAUCAGUAGCAUCAGUUGGUGCACCACCAUCUACCUCAUGGCAUUCAUGUCAUGCAGCCGCUUGUCAUGCAACCGGUCAUCAUCAUCAAACAUCAGCAUCGGCUGCAGCAGCAGCAGCCGCAGCAGCUGCUGCUGCUGCGGCUGGCUAUGCUGCACCACCAACACCAGUAUCAGGACCACCACAUUCACAUCAUCAACAUCAAUUAACAUCAACGAAUCCAAGAAAAAACAUUCCACCAAAUGGUUUUUGGAAAUGACCACAACAAAACAAAAA